AUGGAAAGGGGAAGAAGCAAUAUUCCACCAACCAACUAUUCAUCAAUUGAUGAUACCAUUAGUAUUUUGGUUGUAGAUGAUGACAUAACAUGCCUUGCCAUUGUUGCUGCUAUACUCAAGAAGCUCAAAUAUGAAGUUGUGACAGUGAAGCAUCCAAAUGAUGCCUUAUGCACGCUUCGAAUCAAUGGGGGCGCGUUCGAUUUGGUCAUAUCGGAUGUGCACAUGCCGGAUAUGAAUGGAUUUGAGCUGCAACGAGCUAUAACACAAGAAUUCAACCUGCCUGUAGUUUUGAUGUCAGCAGAUGACAAAGAGGAAGUAGCUUUGAAAGGUUUGGAGAGUGGUGCUGCAUUUUUCAUUAUGAAGCCAAUAACACCUGAUGAUUUGAAGGAUUUGUGGCAAUUUGCUGCCAUGAAAAGGAAAGAAAAAGCUAAUGCUUUUGAGGAGAGACAGAAAUAUAUUGAUUCAGAUGAAUCAGUGAAUGAGGAUGAUGAUGGCAAGAGAAAAUCACCUAAGAAAGAGAGGUGUGAGGACAAAAAUGGGGGAAAUUCUCAAUCUUACUCACAGAAAAGACCUAAAAUUGUUUGGACUAAUUCUCUGCACAAUCGGUUCUUGGAAGCUAUUAGAAGUAUUGGUCUUGAAAGAGCUGUUCCAAAGAAAAUUCUUGAAGUGAUGAAUGUUCCUGGAUUGACUAGAGAAAAUGUAGCAAGUCAUUUGCAGAAAUACAGGAUCUUCCUAAGGCGAGUGUCGGAUGCAAGCUACAAAAUACAAUAUUCGUCUUCUUCGUCAUCUUCUUCGCAUAAGGGCUUAACUAGCAGGAAUCUCAAACUAAACUCUGAAUCACCAAGACUCUCAACCCUAAUGCCCAACACACUGAGCAAACUCACCUAUCAAAACCCUACUUCACAACUUACCAUAACCACCCAAUCAAGACUACUCCCCAAUGUAGGAAGCUGGCAGAACCCAACCCCAAACAUAGUACCUUGUCAGGAUCAUCAUGACUCUGCCGCGCAGGGCUACUGUGGGACCCCCCGCGCCACGGUCCACAGCCACCCUUCCAUUAUAACUGUAGAAGAUCCACCCAAUGCUUUCCAAAAUCCUACUACUAUUCAUCAUCUUCAAAGCAAUAGUAGUGCUGCUGCAAAUGAUCUGGAUCAACUGUGUAAUGCUAUUGCAGAUUAUGAGAUGACAUUGCUGCCUUUGGUAUCUCAAGAAUCUGAUCAUAUCCCAGUUUUUGAUCUGUCUGAACUCGACAUGUUGUCGCCUCAACAAGGCUCUUUCGGCAUAAAUCUGCAGAGUCAAUUCACCAUUCAAAACCAGCCACAGCAGAAUAAUGGAGGCGAAAGCUCGAACCUUUAUGGAAAACAGCUUAACUGGGACAGCUUUGUAAAUGUUCCAAAUUCUUUGGAUCAACCUCAGAACCAGACUCAAAGCAACCAAUUCAGUAACUCUCAAGUAGUUACCACCUCUUCUCAACUCAAUGGAACAGCACUUCAACCAACUAAUGAGGAAGGUUUUGCCAACUCUCUUGAUUUUGGCACAUAUAAAAUGAAUGCUGUUUCUCCUGUUCAUGAGCAAAAUGAGGAUGACUUUCUGGAGUCUUUACUUGCCUCAUUUCAAGAGGAUCACAUCCUCAAAGGAUCGAUAUCAACCUUGUAG